AUGUCGAAAGGAGGUUUUAUUCGUGUUAGGAGCCAAACGCUAGUCAAUGUAGCUAUUGGUACCUUCUUGGCUGGUUCUUCAGCCCUCUUCUUUCUACAAAAGGGAAUGCAGAACAAAGUCAGGAAUAUGGCACAUUACAAAGAGUCAUUUAAUAUUUUAAGUAACCACGAUAAACUUCUAGAUGAGAUUGGUAGACCCAUUCAGGUGGGAUCGGUGGAUUUGGCUGAUCGGCGGAGGAAUUAUGUCGAUGAAAAAAAGUCAGAAGUAAGCGUUAGGAAAAACAAUUUUGUUGAUUCAUGAGCAAUUUAAAUUUAGUCGAGCUAAGAUAGUAAAUUGCAGUUGCGAGUACCAGUCUCCGGCCCGUUGAGUAGCGGCUUCAUCAACAUUCUGGCCGAACGCAAAGACAAAGAAGCCGACUUCAAAGUGUCUAAACUCCGGUUCGAAGGCGUUGAUGGAGAGUUUAUUGUAUAUGAAAAAUAA